AAGACUGAGGCUGAUUGGGUGAAGUAUUGACCCGACUCACCUGAUCUGACUUUAUAAGCGGCUAGAGGGGCUAGGUCUCUGUUUGCAGGGGGUGCUAGUGCCAGUCUCUUUAGCAGACUAUUUUAUGUUGUGUGAGUGAGGUGGUGCUCGCAAAUCCUAGGAACCAUGGCUCUUAACAGUAGUGCCAACAGCAACAGUAAAUCCGAGAAGCCAGUGUCUCUAAUCUGGGGAUGUGAACUAAACCAUGAGAAGAAAACCUAUACAUUCAAGAUCCCAGAUGAAUGGAAGUAUGAGCAGCAGCUGGUCCUGCGGACAAUCUGCCUAGGAGAAAAAGCUAAAGACGAGUUCAAUGUUGUGGAGAUUGUACCCGCCGAGGACAGCCAGGACACCACGCCUGUGCCCCUAGCAACUCUGAAACCUUCAGUACUGCCAAUGGCCACCAUGGUGGGGGUUGAGCUGACUCCUCCUGUCACCUUCAGGCUGAGAGCUGGCUCUGGCCCAAUCUACAUCACCGGACAACAUGUUACAUUGGUACCAGAUCUCUCCUGGGACGAGGAGGAGGGGGAGGAAGAAGAGGAGGAGGUGGUUGAGGAAGAAGAAUCUCGGGAGGAUUCUCCCCCCAAAGCCAUCAAGCAUCCAGCUUCCAACAAGCAGGGUAGCAUUGCCAAGAAGAAGAAGAUGGAGAAAGAGGAAGAGAACAGUGUUCCUUCUGAUGAUGAUGUCCUUCCCAGCAAGGGAAGAGGAGCUGGCAGAGGGAGAAAGCCAGCAGUGAAGAAAUAGACUGAUCUGCAGCGAGAUAUCUACGAGGGCCUGGUACGGAAGAGACCAGAGAUUUUUUUUGGUGCGGUUUUCUGUAAAUGUCUUUAG